AUGACAUCAUUGUCAACGGCAACGACAACGACAGCGACAGCCACGACGCUUGUCGAAACGUCAUGUGUUGCAACAACGACCGACACGGGAGGGGGCCUAAGCGACAAGAUGGCGGAGACAGAGGCGGCGGCAAAGCAAGCGGUGAUAAGUAACAAUAACCCAAUAACCGAUAUUGUGAAAGAAACUAAUGCAAUGACGGCUGUAGCAACAAAUGGUACAGCAACAACUACAGCAAACACACCUAGCAUUGUAGUGGCUGCCGUGAGUGAUGUGGCAACCAAGCAAUUGCCUUCAGGCGCAGCAACAACACAACUCACUACGAACACGAGUAAAAUACCACACUUGCAGCAACCGCAACAACAACAACAGCAGCAACAUUCGCCACAGCACUCACAUGGCAGAGAAUCGAAACAGUUAUUGCACUCAACCGAUCCACUACGCCGUUCCGCUUCAUUACGCAUGCGCGGCUCAAAGUCAAAUCUAUUAAACAGCACUGAGCAUUAUGUGGAAAUGGAACGCAGCACGCGCCACCUGAGCAAUAUGCCGAGCACUACGGCCAGCCGUUACAACCACCCACUCACAGGAGUGCUUGAACCACACCAACUGCAACAACAAAAACAACUAUAUGAGCGCCAUGCCACACACGCAGCCGGUUCGCUUGGGGGUGCAGCAGCAGCAGCAGCAACGGCAACGGCAAUGCGUCGCAAGGCCACACUUUUGUUUGGUUCGGCGGUGUCCACGCAAACACCCGCUGUCACAGUUGGCAAUCUGACGCGUUCGCAAUCGCUGCGUCGCACUUACCUAAAUUACAAUUAUAAUUCGCAACAAAAAUCGGUCAAAACGGAUGCAAUCAAGGAUCAAGGCACUGGAGGCGGCUCAUUUGUUGACUCUGGCGCAGGCACUGAGGCAGCAAUUAAUGGCACUGCAGUAGUGAAUCAUGUGGAUACGCAGCAUGAGCUACAGACGAAUGGUGGUGCUGAAAACUGUGCCGUCCCAAAUGGUUUUAUGCAAAGCAAUGACAUAAUGUACAAAGGCGAUGGUGUUGGCGAGCAGCGCAGGAUUGACCGGGACAUGCAAAGAAUGCUUGGAAAGGGAUACGUUAUGCGAUUGGGAGUUACGAGUUCUAUUGAUUUUCUGACACCAGUGUCGAAAGAUUUUUCUUUGAAUCUGAACGGUAGUGGCGGCGAACGUUCGACAACAACGACAACGAAAUCUACAGUAGGGGCAGCAGCAGCAGCAGCAGGUACACCAGCUGGAAGCGGAAGCGUCGGCAAUAGGAUAACGGCAAACACCGCAUCCACACCGAAAACGCCAAAUAACGUUAGAGUCGGCACCCGUUACGUUAAAUCUUCACCAACUGCUGCACAGGAGACGAAAUUAACGCCGAAGACACCGCCCGUCACACCGGAUUCGCCGUGCACGUACCUGGACGAUGAUUUAGAUUCGAUGUAUUCGUUUGCGACCACAACUUCCGGCCGUUCGACCAUGUCCUGUGAGCAUCCCUAUGUGGCACGUAAUGGCACUACGUUUAGCGGCCGCAAGAUGAAAUACGUUGUUCACUGCUCCAACUAUGCAGGUCAGGUGGGACCCGAUUAUUUAACGCCCACACAACGUGCUUCACGCCAGAUACGCCGUCUCAAGGAGUUACUUUGUAUGGCGCGGCAAGAUCUUGAGCAGAAAGAUUCGGAGAUAUUGCGCCUCACACGUGAAGUUGUCGAGUUGCGUUUGUUCAAAGCCUCGCUGAGCUCACCUGAAGAGCGUUCUGCCUCUAGCGAUGCCGUUACCGUACGCGAAGCUGAACUAAAGACGUCGCAGGAUGUUUCACCGAUUGUUGAUAUGGUCGAUGAUGCGACCAAAUCAAGUCCACGUCAUAUACCCAAUCAACAUCUGCAUCAUCAUCAUGCACAUAGCCAGCAUUUGCAUCACACUCAACCGCUGACGUCGGAAAUGCAAAGUUCCUUUGCCGAUUCGGGUCAUUUCGAAGAUUUGUCGGUACAUUCGAAGGAUUCUUAUGUUGCCCAUACACAGGAUAUUGCGUGUGGUAGUGAUGAGGCAAUUGUCGCCGCCGACAGUAAAUGUCACGAUGAGACCUGCGCUGCUGCUGGUGCUGACACCGAAGAAGACUACACAGAAACCAUCAAAAACUACGAGUUGCAACGUCAGGAGCUUAUACGCAUGUAUGAACAGAAAAUCGAAGAGUUGAUUCGCACACAAGAUGGUGCCAGCAGCGAGAUGAAACGUUCCCAUAAUGACAAAGUGGAGGCAUUAUUGCAAAAAUUGGCGGAGUGUAAUACACGUUAUGCCGACAUUGUGCCCGACUAUGAGCACGCCAAAGAACGUAUUCGUGAGUUGGAGAAACAGUUGGAGGAUUUGCAACGUAAAUUGGCCGAACAUGAGGAUAAGCAGAACAAAAUGUAUUUGCAUAUGUACCAGAAGGGACAGGAAGCAGAGCGUAUUUCUCGCGCUGAUCAGGCUCUCGAAUUAGCUUAUCGAGCACCGGAUAACAAGGUCUCCAUCAAUGAAUUGUUGCAUCAGUUGCAGAGUACACAAGAUGAAUUGGAAAAUAUACGCGCAGCUGGGUGUAGAAAAGAAAGCGGCAGUAAUCAUGCUCUCCUUACUGCAAAAGAAGCAAUUUCGUUAUGGGUUCUUGGCGCCCGGAAGACAAUUUACCGUCGCCUGCUGGAGGCGCAAAAGAACCGCACCCAUGUCGACCCGGAGGUGACGUUGCAGUUCCUCAAGAGCGCCAUUUACUACUUCUUAACCGACAAGGAGAACUCGCAGGGCCACUUGCAGGCCAUCGAGAGCAUAUUGGAGUUCACCGAGGCGGAGAAGACCAACAUCAAUAAGGCGCGCACGGCCAAGUAGGCAGCGUGACCAAAGUAGCGGUACACACAUAUAAAAUACGUAACAUACACACACAUAUAUAUAAAUACAUACAUAGAGCUGCAAGUAGUUGGCCGAAGCGGAGCUGCUUAAAAGACGGAGCUAAAUUCGAAAAUUCGAAAACUAAAUUCAGCUUUGACCGCUUGGUUGAGACAAGUUUUUAAUUAGAAAUGCGAUAUAUAUAUUUUAAAAUGCAAAUAUUUCUAGGACAAAUAAAUUAAUUAAAAUUAUAAAAAUAUAUAUACUACUAAUAUGCAAGUAUAGUAGGCGGCUAUGUAGCGAUACGUACAGUGGGCGGUAAAGAGAAAAUAAGACAACAAAAAAAUAUAUAUAAUUCGAAAUGCGAACGUUUAACUUUCAUUUUAUUUUAAUGUUUUAAAAUAAAUUUUGUAAAGUUUUUUAGUUACACAUGUUUAUUUAUUAUAAAAUACAUAUUUUAUGGGGUUGAUAUUAGCACGUUAUGUACAAUGUAUGUAAAUGAUAAUUUUAAUUGAAAUAAAAUCGCAAAUCUCAGUUUCA